AGCGUCAUGACUAAUGGACAACGUGACUGCCCACACACAAGCCCAGAUAGAGGAACAUGGCUCCAUUGCCACCAAUGGGAGAGUAGUGGGGCGGGGCUUACGGCGGUCGAAUAGAAGCGCGCUAAAGGCCGCGUUGUGGGCGCUGGGCGCGCUGUGCGCUUUGGUUGUUGUAGUCCUUUUUCCGAAUACCUUGUGAGUAAGUCAACCUGCAGGACUACGAAACCCGAAAACCUCUGAGACUGGCGCCCGUAAAUCAGCGGGGAAGCAGCCCUGAUUAAGCAGUUACCGAGCAGUCGCUACACAAGGGUGAAAGACUGGGGUUGUGAUGCACUUCGGAAUAGUCAACUCGCGCCCUGGAUUAACUGCCUGAUAUCGGAGCAUGUUGCGAUACGAAGGCUGACGCCAGAAUGUCAAUAGGAGGAAAGGCUGCUCGAAAUUCUCUGGUUUCGAUGAAGCGUGCCGGUUGUUUGUCCUGCUGAAGUCGGCCAUGUUGGUGACUGACGAUUGAUUACAGGGCAGUGUUCGCUCGGGGCCGUGGCCGCUUCCAUGGGGCUGCGCUCCUCACACGCUCUUUGGGUUAGGAGGAGUUUCUUAGGUUGCCACUUCGAUCUUUAUUUUGCAUAAAAGUUUAAAACAGCGAAGGAAAGCAGUGCGUCUGCCGCUUAACUCAAGGAGCGGAAUGUUUUCUAAAAAAACUCACGGCGACGUGAAGAAAUCGACACAGAAAGUCUUGGAUCCCAAGAAAGAUGUCCUGACUAGAUUAAAGCAUCUGAGGAUUGUCAUAGAAAACUCUGAACCAAAUGAUUUAAAGCCAUUCUUCGAUCAAACAUAUUCACACAUUUACUAUGUCUUCUUUGAAAACUUUGUGACCAUUGAAGCCAAUCUAAAGCAAAAAGGUCAUAAAUCACAGAGGGAAGAAUUGGACUCUAUUCUUUUUAUUUUUGAGAAAAUUUUGCAGCAUCUUCCAGAAAGAAUUCAGACGAGAUGGCAGUUCCACAGUAUAGGCUUGAUUUUAAAGAAACUCCUUCAUGUUGGGAACUCACUGAAGAUUCGAAGGGAAGGUGUACGCCUCUUUUUGUUGUGGAUGCAAGCACUCCAGCACAAUUGCACUGAAGAACAACUACUGAUAUUUGCCUGUCUUAUUCCUGGCUUUCCAACUCUGCAAUCUGAGCAUGGGCCUCGAACACUAGACAAUCUAAUUAACUCUCCACUUCAUCUUCAGGAAACUCAAGUCACUCCAGAAGAAAUCACUCCUCUUGUCCCACCACAAUCAGGAGAUAAAGGACAAGAUGAUCUUACAAGCUAUUUUCUUGAUGCUCUGCUAAAAUAUAUGGUAAUCCAGGCAAAAGGAUUAGAAUGGAAAGACAAAGGAAAUCAGGAGAAAGGGUUUGCAUUCUUAUUUGCAAAUUUCAAGAAGUACUAUCUGCCUCACAUAUUUCCGAACUUUUCAAGAGAGACCAGCUUAUUUAAUCCGAUACUUGACAUACCACAAUUAAGAUCAAAGCCAUAUUAUGUGAUAACAAAGAAAGAUCCAGAAACUAACGAAGCAACUUAUUGUACUAAAGAUGCAUUUUUGUCAGCUCGUGUUUCUGUCAUCCGCUGGUUGGUAUCUUUCUGGUUUGAGCCAAAAGUUAAUCCAGGACUUCAGAUUCCUGGAAUUGAAGGGGAAAAUGUACCAAAGAACAUUCAGAGAGCAGCUGCUGGUUUGGCUGCUCGGGAGGACAACUCUUGUCGUGCAGACUCUGGAGAUGGUAACACGGAACUGGAACAGUCGCAUUCUAAUACCAGUACCUUAACUGAGCGUGAACCUAGUUCAUCUAGUCUAUGUAGUGUUGAUGAAGAACAUCUAACAGACAUUGAAAUCGUGCGGAAAGUUUUUUAUUCCUCAAGGGAGAAUGUCAACUUUAUUAUUGAAGUUUUUCGACAGGCUUUUCUGCUGCCUAUCUGUGAAGCUGCAGCCAUGAGAAGAGUUGUUAAGGUUUAUCAGGAGUGGAUUCAGCAAGAAGAUAAGCCUGUAUUUAUGAAAGAGGCUGAAGACUUGGGUUAUUCCCCUUCAACAAGUGUUAUCAAUUUAGAUAGUGUUGGAGAACAUAGAGGUCCUUAUCCGUCGGAACAAAAAGAGGAGGCUGAGGAUAAAGCAACCAAAGUACCAGGCCAUGUUAGGAAUCCAAGUUGGACAAGAAAUUCAUCCUAUCAGAAUGCGAUUAACAAAGCACCUGAGUUGGAGGAAGAAGAAGAGAGAAAUGUAUAUGCUGGCAUUCAAGCAUCAUUGCAGGUUUUUAUAACCAACUCUGCAAAUAUAUUACUACUGGAACCUGCCAAUGAAAUUGGAGCCCUUUUGGAUGAACAUGUGGAUAUGUGUAAACGUGUUCUUAACAUUUACAGAUACAUGGUUGUCCAUACAACAAUGAACAAGAAAACCUGGGAGCAACUGUUGCUGAUUAUGUUGAGGAUUACAGAAUCUGUUAUGAAACGACCACAGCAAGCUCUGCCACUCUCUCAAGGGAGAAAAAAUUCUUUGUUAGCAGGACGACUUGCUACGCCACUCUUUCGGACACUCAUAGUAGCCUGGAUCAAAGCAAACUUGGACGUGUAUGUUUCCCGGGAGCUAUGGGAUGAAUUAUUGGUGGUUUUGUCAUCACUUACAUGCUGGGAAGAACUGAUCACUGAAUGGGCAAUGACAAUGGAAACUUUGACCAAAGUGUUAGCUCGAAACUUGUACAACCUAGACUUGCAUGAUCUACCUUUAGAUAAAUUGAGUGAACAAAAACAGAAAAAACACAAAGGAAAAGGUGGCGGUCAUGGAUGUCAAAGGACUACAGUUGAUAAAUCAUUUUCAAGAGGUUGGAGUCGUGAUCAACCUGGACAGGGUCAAAUGAGACAGCGAAGUGCGACUACUGCUGGUUCUCCUGGAACAGAAAAAGCAAGAAGCAUAGUACGACAGAAAACUAUAGCCAUCGGAAGCCGAUCCAUUGAUGAUUGUGUUUGUCCAUCGGCCUCUAUGCGCAAUGCUAAAAGUGCACCUGUUCUGCUCCAUUCUUCCAAUCCUUACCUGCUUGACUUAGUCCUCACCCCCUUUUUUGAUGAUCUUCCAGAUCUUGAUGAUGCCCAAAUUAUGUCCCGGCCUACUCGAAUAAGGCAUUAUUCUCAGAGUGAAGAAAAUACCUCUGAAGUAUUCAGCACUGCACGUGAAGAUCAGGCAAUGCCACGAAGCAGCAGCACAUCAGACAUAAUGGAACCAUUCAUAGCUGAAAGAGCUAAAGGUGCAGUUCCUGUUAUUGACAGCUCAUCAGUUCCUUCAAGUUUGCAGUGUUCUGCAGAAGUGAUUUUAUUAUCUAGGUCCAAUGAAAGUGACUUUACAGAUGCACAAGAAGGCUCUUUGGAAGUCGGUGAUAGUAUUUAUGAUCAUCUUUGUCACCUUGUAGAUGUAGGAACUGUAGCAUCUUAUUAUGAGUACAGUCAGCACACAGUAGAUGACAGUGAGCCUGACUUGCUGUCUUCCAUACGGAAAUACUUUAAUGAGACUAUUCAAGAGUCUGAGCAUACCAAACAGAGCUUGGGGGAAGAUGAAACUACUAUUCCUUUAAAUGAAGAUAAUGAGUUGAUGGUAGAUGAGACAGAGUUGGAUUGUGCGGGUCUAGUGAGAAUGUAUGGUGCUUAUAGCCAGGAUGUGGUUUUGGGAGGGGAAAGUAACACACUGGUAAAAACGCAAGACCUCAAAAAUGGCGAAAACUCUUCUCCAUAUCCAGAAGAGGAUUUUCUGAGUAUUGAUACGUUAUCUUAUAGAGAAAAUAAGGUACCAGAGACUAAUAUUGAACAGCAUAAUAGUAAACAAGUUGAAAGCUUUGACCGGGGGAUUUCAUCAAAGAUGGACUCAGAAAAUCCAGAUUGCAAACAGAGGAGAAAAGUCUUUACUCACCAGAAGGCAACUGGGGUAGAACAUAGAAAUGUGAUAUUAUCAGCAAAUCAUCAUAGAUCCGUGCAGAAUUUCAACAAAGUAGUAGGUCAUAGUAAAAGGAAGCAGCUAUCUGAUGCCAAUUAUCAAACUUCAAAUGUCACUGAAUUUGCCAAUGAGAUAACUGAUGCAUAUAGCAUGUAUUCAAAUAAAAUUCCACAUGGUACCACAAUUACUGACUCACUUGCUGCUUUAAGUGCACAAAAUUCUACAGCUAACCAAGAAAUCACUGCAGCAUCAUCAGAGACACAGUUUUUAAGCACAGCAAAUAAGAAAAAAGAUGGCAGCUUGCAUGUUAGUUUUAGCCCAUUUACUGAAUCUGUGCAGUUCCACAGCCCAUUGGACAGUAAGGAAGCUCACUGGAAGUUCAGGCUUCGAAGACUUAGUGGUUUCAGCAGUGGUUCAUCGGCGCCAACUGAUUCAGUGAAACACGGUGUCUAUAAACUUCUAGACACUAAAGUUUCUCAUAAUGAAUGCAAGAACCGAAAGUCAACAUUGAUUACUGCUACAAGUGUCCCAGUACUGAAGGGAAGUACAGGUUGUAGUCAGGUGACCGGUCAUGAAGCGAUCAGGUCCUGUAGCUUACAGGAAUCUGUGCAGCAGCAAAGUUCCCUAGGCAGUGUUUAUAGAACUGUUGUACACGCUUUUUCAAAGUCGAAGGCAAAUGUUUCCCCACAGAGACAGAGAAAAGUACCAGCAGAGGCUCCACUGAGGGAUCUGUACAGUCAUGUUUUGGGAUAUUUUGGAAGGAAAGUUGCAGUCAACAAGGAGGAGCCUAGUCAAAAACCUCGACCCUUCAGCACUGAUAUUGGAAAUAGUAGUAAUCCCAACAUUAGUGAUCUUAUGGAUGAGUUUAUAGCAGAAAGAUUACGAACUGGUACUUCAGUGAAUAUUUUGAGAAGGGGAAGCAGUCCUGGUAGUUUGGAAGUGCCAAAGGAUCUUCCUGAUUUGCUGAACAGACAGAAUCAGACACGACCUGUUGAUGACCCUGGAGUCCCAUCUGAGUGGACAUCUCCAGCCAGUGCAGGAAGUAGUGAUCUUGUUAGUUCUGAUAGCCAUUCAGAUUCUUUCAAUGCUUUUCAAUAUGAUGGACAAAAAUUUGAGAGCUUUCAUUUUGGCAGUGAAACCAUUUCUACCUUAUACACUGAAGCAGAUUCAGGACCUCCACGACAAAAUGCUGAGGAACAAGAAUUAGCAAGUUUAAAUGUUCUGCAUAUUAAUUCUGAAACAAGCAGUCUCAAUCUACAGACAGCAUCUGCUGACACAGUCACGAUUACAGGCUCUGAGAGUGCUUCUCCAACUCAUUCAAAUGCCUGCUCAAGAUCACAGACACCUUCUCCAUCCACCUUAAAUGCUGAUCCAGUAGAUCAAAAAGAUUUGCCAUUGGAUGAAAAAUUGCAUCAUUCAGUCUUGCAAACUCCAGAUGACUUGGAAAACAGUGAGUUUCCAAAUGAAGACUGCAGUGUGAUGGCAGGUGGGAGUCUCAAAGGAUGGCAUGAAGAUGUUGCCACAGUUAUGUGGAGACGAAUGCUUGGCAUUUUGGGUGAUGUGAACUGCAUUAAGGAUCCUGAAAUUCAUGCGCAAGUCUUUGACUAUUUGUGUGAGCUCUGGCAGAAUUUGGCCAAAGUGAGGGAUAACCUUGGAAUUACAAUAGACAAUCAGACAUCCCCACCUCCUUCAGUUUUGAUACCACCUCUCAGAAUUUUAACUCCAUGGCUUUUCAAGGCAACAACAUUACCAGAAAAAUACAAACAAGGAAAGCUUCAUGCUUAUAAGCUUAUCUGCAAAAUUAUGAAGCGCCGUCAAGAUGUUUCACCCAAUUCUGAUUUCUUGGUUCACUUCUAUAAUAUUAUGCACAGUGGACUCCUCAAUCCUGAUCAGGAUAUAGUGAAUACCAUCAUCAAACAUUGUUCUCCAAGGUUCUUUUCUAUUGGGUUGCCUGGUGCUACCAUGUUAAUCUGGGACUUUAUAGUUGCUGCAAGCAAAGUGACAUUCUCCUCUUCACUCAAUGCACCAAGAGUUGAAGCUCAGAUUCUUCUGGGUUCUUUAGUCUGUUUCCCAAAUUUAUAUGAUGACCUCCCUACGUUACAACCUUCUCUUACUGAUAUUUUAUCCACAAAAUGUAAUGAUGUUAAGGAGCUUGUAAUUAAGAGCAUUUUAAAGUCAGCAAGGGAAGAACCUUCAGGGCCAGCUAGAUGUGUUGCACUUUGCAGCCUUGGCAUUUGGCUUUGUGAAGAGUUAGUACAUGGCACUCAUCAUCCUCAAAUCAAAGAUGCUCUAAAUGUAAUUUGUGUGACCUUAAAGUUCCCAAACAAAGCUGUGGCACAAGUGGCUUGUGAUAUUUUACAUCUAUUGAUCAAUUAUGUGGACAAGCUCCAGAAUUAUCCACCAGAUUCUCCGAAAAAGAUACUUGAGAUUUUGAUGGCAACAAUUACCUACCUAUUGCCAGGCACUGAAGUAUCCCCACAUGAACAAGAUAAAAGGCUGGUAGUGUCUUUAUUGCUGUGCCUUUUGGACUGGUGUAUGGUGCUGCCUUUAAAAACAUUGCUGCAAGUUGUCCAAGCUGCAGGACAAGAUAAGAAUAAUUCAGACAAAUCUAUUCUCAGUUGCAUUUACAAGGUGCUGCAUAGCUGUGUGUACGGAGCUCAAUACUUAAGUAAUCCUAGAUACUUUCCUCUGAGCUUGUCAGAUCUAGCUUCUGUUGAAUAUGAUCCAUUCUUACAUUUGGAAAGCUUGAAAGAACCAGAGCCUUUGCACUCUCCUGACUCUGAACGCUCAUCAAAACUCCAAACGGUCACAGAGGUGAGGAGUCGCAUACAGCAAGGUUUGAUUUCAGUUGCUGCCCGGACCGUGAUAAUACAUUUGGUAAAUCAUGUUGGCCAUUAUCCAUUGAGUGGUGGCCCAGCAAUGCUGACCAGUUUGAUAAGUGAAAGCCAUGACAAUCCCUUUACUGACUGUGCUGAACUUUCCCCAGAACUUUUUGAGAAUCCAAAUCUCCAAUUUUUUGUGCUGAACAGUUCUACUCUUAUUUCAUACUUGGAAAUCCCCAUUGAAGGUAAUAUCCCAGGAGGAGGGAUGUCAGCUGGACUCUCAACAGCUACCUCAAAUGUUAGAGUUGUGAUGCGUGAUAUAUCUGGUAAGUACUCCUGGGAUUCCGCAAUUCUCUAUGGACCACCUCAUUGCUGUCAACAAAGGCAAAUUGCUCACAAGUUCACAAACGUUCAUAAAGAAGAACAAAUGGCUGAAUCAGUGUUCAAAGAGACAGAAAUUACUGAUGUUGACUUAAGUGAGUAUUUGGUAGCUCAAACAAAAAGAAGAUGCCGAGAAAUGGUGCCAUCUUGGGAUGUAAUUCAUGAUGAUGAAGAUGCCUUGGACGAGAUGUUGCAAUAUCUGGGCUCCACCAGUCCAGAAUGUCUCCAGAGAGCUGGAGUGCAGCUUAACAUCCCGGCUCCCCCUCCAGUUUGUAUUUCAGAAAAACAGGAAAAUGAUGUAAUCAAUGCAAUCCUAAAACAAUACACUGAAGAGGAAGAGUUUGUGGAGAAGCAUGGCAAUGACCUGAAUAUGAAAGCAAUGGAACAGGAAGAACCAUCCCCACAAGAACCACAAUCUGUCUUUUACUACUGCAGGAUGCUGUUAAAUAUUCUUGGCAUGAAUUCUUGGGACAAAAGGACUACUUUCCAUCUUCUAAAGAAAAAUGAAAAGCUGUUGCGAGAAUUAAAAAACCUGGACUCUAGGCAAUGUCGAGAAACGCACAAAAUAGCGGUGUUUUAUGUUGCCGAAGGACAGGAAGAUAAGCACUCCAUUCUGACAAAUACUGGAGGGAGCCAAUCCUAUGAGGACUUUGUGGCAGGUCUUGGUUGGGAGGUAAACCUUACCAAUCAUUGUGGUUUCAUGGGUGGAUUACAAAAAAAUAAGAGCACUGGACUAUCAACUCCAUAUUUUGCUACCUCGACUGUAGAAGUAAUGUUUCAUGUAUCUACAAGAAUGCCUUCUGAUACAGAUGAUUCUCUAACUAAAAAGUUGAGGCAUCUAGGGAACGAUGAAGUACAUAUAGUUUGGUCAGAACAUACAAGAGACUACAGAAGAGGAAUCAUUCCAACAGAAUUUGGUGAUGUCCUUAUUGUUAUAUAUCCAAUGAAAAACUACAUGUUCAGUAUCCAUGUCAUGAAGAAACCUGAGGUACCGUUUUUUGGCCCACUUUUUGAUGGAGCAAUUGUGGAUGGAAAAGUCUUACCAUGUCUAGUACGAGCUACGGCAAUCAAUGCAAGUCGAGCAUUGAAAUCGCUAAUUCCUCUAUAUCAAAAUUUCUAUGAGGAACGAGCUCGAUAUCUGGAAACAAUUGUACAACACCACCAAGAACCAACUACUUUCGAGGAUUUUGCUGCGCAAGUCUUCUGUCCGGCUCCUUGCCAUCAUUUACCAUCUGAUUCAGAAAACAUUGGGCUCAUCAAGGUAAAGGGCAAAGGCUUGAAACGGAAGGUCAUUCACGCUAGCUAUGAAUGGCUCAUGCCCAGAGAAUCAACAGGCCGAAAGUCCUGCAGCACAGGGGGUGGACGGGAUCGACUUAGCCUCUCCAAUGUCACCUCGUGCUAGCAAGAGUCGUAUGUCUAUGAAAUUGCGGCGUUCUUCUGGUUCAGCUAAUAAAUCCUAAUGACCACAUUAUAACAAAUAAUUACACUCUAAUUCCUGAGAACUAGCCUUGCAAAUGUGUGUGUUCUUUUUCUAUUAUGUUGCUGCUUAAACCAAAUGUUUUGCUCUCUUGCUAAUUAUUAGAUAUCUAUUUGCCACUCCAUAUUCAUUUGAAACCUGUUCCUUGUAAACUAUUUUUUUAUUAAGAACACUGGAGUUCUAUUUUUAGCUUACAAAAUAUAUAUUUUAGCAAUCUAUGCUUUGUUGUACAGUGCAGCUGCCCUACGUCCACUUGAUUACUUACCUGUAUAUUUACUGCACUUUCAAUGGAAAGCAUUUUCUUGUCCUAUUGUAUUUGGCUAGUUAAACUGAAUGCCCCAUUAGUUAUUUGGGAUUGUCUUUUUGAAAUUAUGAUAAACUUUUAUGUACAUUAUCUACUUUGUAAAUAGUUUUGAUUUUUCAGUAGAAACGUUUUAGAUUUCUUGUGCACAAUUCAGGAAUGUAAAGUAAGUUUUCAGUUUGUACGUAAAUGUAAAGUUAUGUUUAAGAAUAUAUUCACCAAAUCAAUCUUAUGGCACAGAACAUGUACAGAAUAUUUUCAUUUUAAAUUAUAAGAUAUGAACUUCCCAAGGAAUGUAAAUGGUCUCUCAGCAUUUCAACUAUAAAAAUUACCUUAUGAGGAAAAUUAAUCUCUUAUGCUGAAAUGUAUAGACUUGCUUUUAUUUGAAGCACUGACAUAUAAUAUAUAUAAACAGAGCUAAAACACUGAGAAUGCAGCUGAAUUACACUAUUUACCUUGUGCAUGGCUUCCUCCAAGAAACUAUAGAAAGUGAUACCAGAUUAGAGCCAAGGUGAAAGUUAUUAUUCAAACAUUGAAAAUUCUGAAAGUAUUUAGACGUGCUGUUAUGGGUUUGCACUCUAUUUUCAAUUUUCUGUGAUCUGUGCACUAAGGGGAAAAGGGAUCAUUGAGAGAGUCUGUAUAAUCAAUUGAACUUGAAUUGAGUUGACUUUAAAUUGCUGAGGUGCACCUUAAUGCACAUUCCAGCUGUUUUGAUGUAUUUUCCUAUAAGGAACCAUUAUUCAUAUUUUGUAAGUAAAUUGGAAUGUUACUACUAACAGUAUGUAGCAUGAUGUCAGUACUAACUGCAUGUGUAAAUAAGUCAUAAGGUAAAAGAUAUAUUAUGUAAUGUCAAUCAUGUAGUUGUCUAUAAGAUUUGUAAUGGCUGAAGAAAGAUGUGCUGUUGAAUAUUGCAAUAAAAAAUAUUCUUACCA